CUAAUACCUUCAUCGUUUACUAAUGAUAAGGUUCUGUUGGUCGCAAAGUUUCAGUGAUCACUUCAAAAUUGCUGCCUCCAGUGUUACACGGUCGUUCGUCAAGAUUAGAUGCUACUUGAAAUCAUAAGCGCUAUGACACCAGAUAGAGAACAAGUUAAUCAAUGGGAGAAAGCAUACUCUCCGAGUGAAUGGAGUACGCGAUUUCCCACAGCAGUUGAUGUAAUUAAUUACCACGUCAAAUUUGUAACCGAUGUGAGCGAUAAAAAUCGAAAGGAGCUCAAGUGCGAAUUAGACGUAGAAUAUGGCAACGAUGACAGUGAGAAAUUUGAUAUAUACGGAGGCGAUCUACCGGAAGAUGCCCCUUUAUUCGUCUACGUGCACGGGGGCUACUGGCAAAUGUUGUCCAAAAAAGAAUCCGCGUAUUGUGCUAAGCCCCUGGUUCAGAAAGGCUAUAGAGUGAUUGUUCUAGAUUACGCCCUAUGCCCAAAAGUAACUCUAGAAGACUUGGUUAAACAAGUGCAACGUGCUGGUGAAUACAUUCUUAACUAUGCUGUGGAAAACCAUGUCAAACAUGUUUCAUUCGCCGGGCAUUCUGCUGGUGCACACCUAUUAGCUGCCAUGCUUGAUCGGAACUUCGUUGCCACCGUGGGAGACGAAAUCCACCUCAUCAAGCAUGUCUAUCUCAUAUCUGGCGUGUUUCGAUUGGACGAGCUGCGUUUCACCAAGGCGGUGAACGAGAACAAUCUACUGUCUUUGAAUGACAAAAACGUUGCGAAUCUGUCGCCUCUGAAUGGCGAUUAUCGGCACUUGUUGAGCUGCGGUAUGAAGUUUCACGUGUAUGUGGCGGAAAAUGAUAGCGCGGUAUUUAAACAAAUGUCCGUCGAUAUGCACGAGCGUUUGAAGAAUGCAGGAAUUGCAACCUCAUUGCAUAUUUUAUCAGAUCUGGACCACUUUGAUAUUGUAGAGAAGCUCUCUGAAAGUAGUUAUACGAUUACUGAAGAAAUAAUUAAUAAUUUAAAAUCAUGAAAAUCAAAACUGAUUGAAAUAUCGGAGUAUUUCUGGGAAAUGAUCUUGUUAAGAUUUAACAAAUAAAUCCAUGAAGAUUUUACUUUAAAAAAAACCCUAGGAAUUUCUUAAACGAAACAAUUCUCUUAAAAAAACUUAAGCUGGGGCUGCAAUGAAAUAAGCUGUGCGGUAAAACAUACUACACGUAUUGGGUUAAGCACCUAUUCACGGUAUCUGUAAAAGUCUGCGUUAGUUAUUUUAUAAACAUCCGUACACUUUACUCGUACCUAUUAAUUACAUAAACACAUUUUAAAUUUUAAAACAUUUUAAAAUCUACGGUGUUGAACGCUAUUUUUAGCAACCUUUCUAUCAGAAUUUCCAUAAAAACCUCUGUCUUAACCGUUCAACAUUUUUCGAUUUAUUCUAUUACUUUUGAAAGAAUCCUGGAAGAAACGUUAGACAAAUUCUUAGAUGUUUUCCCAGAGAAAUGUAUGAGGUAAGACAAAGCAGAAUACCAGAGGAAUAUCUUAAAGAAUUUCAUCGGAAUAUAAAUUCAACUAAUGCAAUCAG